CCCUAUGAUUGGGGUUUGAGCCGAGCCGAGCUCCGAGUUAAAAGAGCGGGCAUCCGUCUCCUCGUUCGCAGUGUCCCCGAAGAACGACGCCGAGACCAUCAUGCAGUUCCUCAAGAUCAACAUCUUCCUCCUCGUCGCCAUCGCCGCAACCCUGGUGCGCGCUCAGGGCGAUGAUUGGAACACGGAUACAGGAGUGCCGGAGUGCAACGAUUGCAUAAAAACAUGUAAAAUGCAGACAAACGCGGACUACGUGUACUGUAGGUACACCUUCUGCUUCAACGACUGCAUAACGGUCAACGGUGACGGCCCGACGAAGCCAAAGCCAACUGAAAGCGCAGGCGGCCAACAAGGCAACCAACAAGGGAACCAACAAGGGAGCCAACAAGGAAGCCAACAAGGCAACCAACAAGGCAACCAAAAUGGGAACCAAAAUGGGAACCAAAAUGGGAACCAAGAUGGGAACCAAAAAGGUCGCAGGUAGCCGAGUAAACUUUUAGUGAUGCAGCUCGUGACGUCAUCGUGGAGCUCGGAGGAUAGCUGAGCGGGUUUCUUAAGCGUGUUUCUUCUGUCGAACAAUAAAGUGUCUUUUGUAUCCUCUGAAAAA